CAUCAACUGUUCUCCAGCCAGGAUGACGACGAUGCUGCUGUUGACGACGGUGGUGGCUGCUGCACUGUUGCUGCCAUCUGUUGCUGACGGGAUCUGUCUGCCCUUCGUGGAACUUGAAACUAAUACAACGUACAGCUACCAGUCCCUCCAUGACCUGGGUGUUGAUUUGGCUCCUGGCGCUACAUCAUUCAAGUUCAAGGUCCGCGCGUCAAACGAUGUCCACGUGGCCCUGCUACAGGAUGAUGGAGUAACCAGUCAGAACAUAUACGAGGUGGUGAUUGGCGCAUCGAGCAACACUCUAUCACAGAUCAGAUCACGCAGAGGGCACAACGUCCAAGCGUCAGCUCACCACACUCCGUUGAGUGCAUCCCUGAUCCGUGAUUUCUGGAUAUCUUGGGCGAAUGGCGUAAUCUCUGUUGGAUCGGGGGUGGAGGUCGGAGUUGGGAGGUUCAUGACGUGGACGGAUCCCUCCCCUCACGCCGUCAGGUACAUUGCUGUGUCUACUGGAUGGGGGUCACCAGGACUGUGGCAGUUUGCCCCGACUUCGGAUGUCUCACUUGCAACAAACACAGUUUACCGAUACCAGUCCCUUCAUGAUCUGGGUGUGGAUCUGACGCCUGGAGCCACGUCAUUCACGUUCAAGGUCCGCGCGUCAAACGAUGCUCACGUGGCCCUGCAACGGUAUGUAGAGUAACCAGUCAGAACAUAUACGAGGUUGCGAUUGGC